GACGUCGCAUAACGCCCAAAGAAAACAUUAUCAAAAACCAAAACCAAACCCUACGUUCUUCAUUUUUUUUCUCUUCUACAGACAGAAACAGAAGGCAUCAUCUCCAAUAAAAACCAGAGGGCCAACACCACAAAAAUCCUCAACCAUGUCUGUAGUAGACAAAUCAGCGAAGCCAGCCAAGAUGCGUUGGGGAGAACUAGACGAGGAAGACGGGGAAGAUCUAGACUUUUUAUUACCUCCCAAACAAGUGAUUGGGCCUGAUGAGAACGGGAUAAAAAAAGUGAUCGAGUAUAAAUUCAACGACGAUGGUAACAAGGUUAAAAUUACUACCACCACGCGAGUUCGCAAGCUCGCCAAGGCUCGGUUGAGCAAGCGGGCCCUGGAGAGGCGAAACUGGUCCAAGUUCGGAGAUGCCAUUCAUGAGGAUGUUGGUAGCAGGCUUACUAUGGUUUCUACUGAAGAGAUCUUGCUUGAAAGGCCUAGAGCUCAUGGUGCCAAAGCAGAUGAAACCAAGAUAGCUGGAGAUAACUUGGCUCAGCUAGGUAAAGGAGGGGCUGUUCUCAUGGUUUGCAGAACUUGUGGUAAGAAAGGAGAUCACUGGACAUCACGAUGCCCAUACAAGGAUCUUGCUCAACCACCUGAAACCUUUAUCGACAAACCCCCUGCAACGGAGACAGCUAUGGCUGCCACCGGAGCAACCAAGGGUGCUUAUGUCCCGCCAAGCAUGAGGGCAGGUGCAGAGAGAACUGUUGGAUCAGAUAUGAGGCGCAGGAAUGAAGAAAAUUCAGUUCGGGUUACUAAUUUAUCAGAGGACACCAGGGAGCCUGAUUUGCUUGAACUAUUCCGCACAUUUGGUCAAGUGAGUCGUGUCUAUGUUGCUAUUGAUCAGAAGACCGGUGUCAGCAGGGGCUUUGGUUUUGUCAACUUUGUAAGCAAGGAAGAUGCUGAGAGGGCAAUAAACAAGCUCAACGGAUAUGGUUAUGACAAUCUAAUUCUUCGAGUCGAAUGGGCAACACCCAGAACAAACUAGAUUGUUCAGAAUCGCAAUGCAUUUCUUCUGGUACGCAUGGUUCUAUGCUUCCUAAUGUGUCUUCCUGAAGAAUGCUUGUUGUUCUUCAACCUUGGGAUUUUAUUAUCAGAUAGAGUUGUUUAAUGUUCAUGACUGGAUUUCGAUGUUUUCUUUGCUGUUAUUGUUGCUCCUCGGACUACUUUAUAAAAGCGCAGAAGAGUAGAUUCUUGAAAAAAGAGCUGAAGAGCAAAUGAGUUUGAACAUUAUAUUUUUAGUCUGAUAUUUAAUGAGAAAUAGGAAACAAUAUUGUUUUUCCUAGACACAAGUGCAGUUUUUUGAGAAAAUAUUCGAUUAUUGUUUA